AUGGGCUGUUUCCUUUUCCAGUGGUAAAUGGUCAAGAACCAGGCAAGAAGCAUCUGAACAAGAGCUGCUUUCUCCAGCUGUUCUGCUUCAUCCACCUCUGGAUUACGGACAAGAAAGCAAGCGUGUCAGUACAAAAGGGGGGCCUUUUUGAAUGCAAAAAGGAUGACUCCCCAUAACAGUACAACAUCUGCUCCAUCUGCAAAUAUUGGAAGCUCUCCAACAGCAGCUGAUAUUGGAAUCAUUGGAGGUGUCAUUGCAGCAGUGGCUUUUGUCUUGCUUUGCCUCCUGGUGGUGAUGCUGAGAUACAUGUACCGGCACAAGGGCACCUACCACACCAAUGAAGCAAAGGGAACUGAAUUUGCCGAAAGCGCAGAUGCCGCUUUGAAAAAUGACCCCGCCAUUCAAGGCGCCAUGGAUGAGAGCCGGAAAGAAUAUUUCAUCUGAGAGCAAAUGCAGUCCCACUGAGAGACACUUAGUCAUUCUCUCCUUCCCAAGGGAAUCAAUCGGACACGACAUCAAAAAGCCACCAGGAUAUGGAGAUAGCACAAAAAAGAACAAGAGGACUAAUUGAAAUAUUGCUGUUUGUCCCAAGAAGAACGGAAUGCUAGAUCUGUGGCUGUUUAUUUGAUUAGCAGCCCAGCUCAGUUCAAUAUCAGAUCAGGAGAAACAAAACAUCUCAGGAUGAGCGAUUAACUGAUAGCAGAUAAUAACAUCAAAUGUCAAACCUUGACAUUUGGCAAAAAUAGCAGGUACCCAUUGAAAGGUUCCUCAUAGACUUGUCAAUCCGUCCUGCACUGAUGUGAUACCAAAAAGUGAAUUUUAAAUGGCAUCAAAACAAGUGUUGAGGUGCAUAAAACAGAGGUUCCUGGCACAAAAACUACUUUGUUGUAGUUCAGAUAUCUUCUUUUUCUCAACAUGCAUAAGCUUGUCAGUUUGGAUAUACAUGUUUGUUCUCGAAGAAUGUUCUGAGGUUUUCUUUUCCUCUUUUCUUUUCCUCUUCUCUUCUCUUUUCUUUUUUCACUGCAAAGAAUUUCACAGAAAAAAACCUAUAGAAAAAUGCUGAAGAAAAGUUUUAAAAUGAAGAAUUUUAUUUCUGAGUAUUUCUCAUGAUGUUGUAAGGCUUCUAUUCUGGGAUACUAGAUUGGUUUGCUUAGGAACUUUCUUUCUUUCUUUCUUUCUUUCUUUCUUUCUUUCUUUCUUUCUUUCUUUCUAUUCCAUAUCAAGUGUCCUUAAGCAUACAGCUCCCUCCACUGCCCUUCCCAGACUUUAUAACUGUGUGGCUUCACUUGCUUAAUUCCCAGGGUGGUUCCAGUCCCACAUUGGCAGCUUGCAUUUCUGUCACAGCCCUGCAGGAUGACCAACAGAGGCAAGAUCUGUGCAGAGAAACACAAGUCCUAUCAUGCAUAUUGGCAGUGGGCGCCUUUCCUUCCAUAUCCACUGAAAAGGGAUAUGGAUGUUAGAGGCACGGUGCAGAGGAAGCCUUUCAGCCAGAAUACAUAGGACCAGCCCAGAGUCUAUACAUUUUGCAGGCAUGCUCUUAGUCCAAGAUAUUGCUAUCCAUUUACAGGCCUUGGGUCUAAACAAAUCUUAACGACUUGUAACCAGAUAGACACAAUUCACCAGCUGUGUGUGGUGCCUUGCUCUGUGUUUGACAGCUGCCUCUCACCAUGUUUGUUGCAAUAGUAAUAAUAGCAGUUUAUUCCAGUGAUCAGACUGUAGGGGAACCGGAGGAGCCAUGCCCUUCUUAACCUUAAAUGUGGCCCCCUUGCCUAAUGCUCUUAGAAGUGCCGGGGGCCAUGGAGAGUCUAACACUGGAGAGAGUCCAGAGUUGGAAGCUGUGCAUUUCAUGAAGAGCCUACAUAGCUUUUCUCCCAUGAUCUGAGCAGUAGUUUGUUCAAUACCAUCUAUAGCACCUCAAAUUAUGGACUUCCAAACCCUUCCCACCUCCCAUUGGAGGCCACUUUUGCAUGCGAAUUCUGUAUGACUUUUGAAUGCUCUGGGUUCAUUUGUAUUCAAGGGGGAAUUACAUUAUAACAUUGUAGCAGAACACGAAGACCUUGGAAAGAUGGGGCAAGGGGAGGCUGUGUUCGGAAACAUGGACUUAGAUCAGAGUACUUCACCACUUCCUGGAGCACUGCCUGAACAGAGCUCCACCUAGAAUGUCCCACUAGUGUAAAUGCAAUCCUUCCCCAUUUCUCCCUUCCCUUUCAGUCUCAAUUGUCACCUUCCCCACUUUUAGGAAGGGUCCCCCAACCUCUGAAACUGGUUUUUUUCUCAGGGAAGGUGGACUGCAGAGGAAGGAGGAAAGCAACAUGUCUCCCCUUCUGCCACAAAAAUGUGCCACUGAGUCAGAAGUUUUCCAUGGAUGGGAGGAGUCUUUCCGAUCACAGAUGGAUGCCCAUGGAUGUACCCCAUAGUGAAUGACACUAUGUGGAAGGAGGAAGCUUCUGGCUGCCGCUCAUUCCAGUGAAAACAAAGAACACUGUGCCUGAAUUCUUGUAUUAUCAAGCACCAUUUGGGAAACCAGCCAUACAUGUGGCCAUCGUAGGCCCAAGUGCACCAUAAAGCAUGCUACAUAGAAAGGCCUUUCGUCCUUUUAAUCCAGACUCAUGGUGUAUAUCCCCUCACUCCAGUCUUGCCUCUUUCUGUUUGCAAACAUACUAUGGCUUUUGGAAUAAGAAGAGUAUUUUCAAGCUGGUCCUGUGCUUUCUUCUUGCAACAGGAAAAUCUGAAUCCCGGUUUGUAUUAUUUCUCUAAAACAUUCAUUAACUUUUGACCCCAUGUUAGCCAUUUAUUGCAAACGAAAUUUCUAUUUGUCCGACAAUAUUCCUCUAACCAAAGAAUCAGUCCAAUUGUAAUACCUUUUCUUUUUCCUGUCACGCAUCAGCGAUUUUAGUAUUAAAACACCGCAACAACA